AUGUUCCAAUCCCGAAUCCCCGCAGGCCUAACCGCCCUCUCCCUCCUCCUAUCCCAAACCCUCGCCUCGCGAGUCCCAUACUCCAACACGCAAACCUGGUCAAUCCCCAGCGCCCUCCAAAACGGCACCGUAGCCUCGCGCUUGACAAUCGCAACCCCGAACGAAGCAACUCUCUCAACAGCAACCCGCCUCACGCUCGACAGCCCCCAGAUCUCAAAAGUCACCGCCGACUCCUUCGACUGGUGGUACUUUGAUGCUGUCUCUUCCUCGUCCGCGGCGGAGUCAUUGACCAUCACGCUCUUCACUGCUGCUUCGAGCGCGUUCCCGUGGCUCAGUUCUACCGAGGACACGGUGCUUAUCGCGUACCUGUGGGCUGGCUUUGAGAACGGCACCGUGUUUACUGAUUAUGUGCCUGCGACGCUUGCGACUGUUUCCAGCGGCGGAGCUGGGGAGAGUGGGGUGUGGGAUGGGUCUGGAUUUGGGUGGGUUGCGUCGGAGGACCUUUCCUUUUAUGAGGUUGUUGUUGAGUCGAAGGAGAUGGGGGUUUAUGGAACUUUUUCGUUGGAAUCUCAACAAUCCCCCCAUCUACCAUGCGGCAUCCAGGGCACGACAUCGACGCUCGAAAUCGUGCCCAACAUCGGCUGGGCAAGUCUUGUCCCCGACUCAGUCGGCAACGUCGACCUGACCAUCCAGGGCUCAACAUUGAAGUUCCAAGGACGAGGAUACCACGACAAGCCAUGGUCCUCGCACGUCCGUGCGACGCUUACCCGCCAGCCACACUCAAUCUCAAACCCAAACCCAAACCCAAAAACCAUGCAUCGAACCCCAUCUAACGUUUUUUUCUUGCAGAACUGGUCGAACCUUACCUUCGCGGAAAGUGUGCAGAGCUGGUACUGGGGCCAUGGCCUUGUUGGCGAUUACUCUAUCGUUUGGUUCAGCGCUAUCGCUACGGAUAACACUACGUACACGAGCAGCUAUGUCGCGCUGGAUAAUGAGGUCGUUGUUUCUUCGUGUGAUGCGGCGAGCUUGACUGUUCGGCCCGUUAGCGGCAAUUCUACUACGAACCCGACUGGAGCCCAGUACCCGCCCCGUAUGGGGGAUGUUCCUGAUGGGUUUACUGUUGAGGCGGAGCUGGCUGAUGGGGCUUGGUUGAAGGUUAAUGUUUCGAUUGCGGCGCUUGUUUCUGGGGAUGGGGAGACUUAUACGCGCUGGUCUGGGGACUUGGUUGGCAGUGUUGUUAGUUCGGCGGGUGUGCAGAGUGUUGGAAGUGGUGUUGCUGUUUUUGAGCAAUUUACUUUGGUUGAGUGA